AUGGCAACGGGAGGCAGGGCCUGGGGGGGGGACCGGGCACGGGCUGGGGCCGGGGGAGCUGGCGGUGGCUGUGGCGGGGCGAUGGCGGAGCGCGGCCCGGCCUUCUGCGGCCUCUACGACACGUCCUCGCUGCUGCAAUACUGCAACGAUGACAAUUUGUCGGGCACGAGCGGCAUGGAGGUGGACGACCGCGUGUCGGCGCUGGAGCAGCGGCUGCAGCUGCAGGAAGACGAGCUGGCGGUCCUAAAGGCGGCGCUGGCUGACGCGCUGCGCCGCUUGCGGGCGUGCGAAGAACAGGGCGCGGCGCUGCGCGCGCGGGGCACCCCCAAGGGCCGGGCGCCCCCAAGGCUAGGCACCACUGCCUCGGUGUGUCAGCUCUUGAAAGGCCUUCCCACCAGGACUCCCCUCAAUGGCUCGGGCCCCCCGCGGCGUGUGGGGGGCUAUGCAACAUCCCCAUCCUCCCCCAAGAAGGAGGCGACCUCUGGGCGCAGUGGCCGCCGCUACUUGUCGCCAGAGCGUCUCGCCUCGGUGCGCCGCGAGGACCCCCGCAGCCGAACCACAUCCUCCAGCAGCAAUUGUAGUGCCAAAAAGGAAGGCAAAACCAAAGAAGUUAUCUUCAGCCUGGAGGAGGGCUUCGUGAAAAUGUUCCUGAGGGGCCGCCCUGUGCCCAUGCUGAUCCCAGACGAGCUGGUGACCACCUACAGCCUGGACAUGCGCUCGGAGCUGCCUUCCUGCCGGCUCAAGCUGGACUGGGUCUAUGGCUACCGAGGCCGAGACUGCCGGGCCAACCUUUACCUGCUGCCCACAGGGGAGAUAGUGUACUUUGUGGCCUCUGUGGCUGUGCUAUACAGUGUGGAGGAGCAGAGGCAGCGACACUACCUGGGACACAAUGAUGACAUCAAAUGCCUGGCUGUGCACCCAGAUAUGGUCACCAUCGCCACUGGACAGGUGGCAGGCACCACUAAGGAUGGGAAGCCGCUGCCACCCCAUGUGCGCAUCUGGGACUCAGUGUCACUCUCCACCUUACAUGUGCUGGGCCUGGGGGUGUUUGACAGAGCUGUGUGCUGUGUAGGCUUCUCCAAAUCUAAUGGGGGCAACCUGCUAUGUGCGGUGGAUGAAUCCAAUGAUCAUAUGCUCUCCGUGUGGGACUGGGCCAAGGAGGCCAAAGUGGUAGACAGCAAGUGCUCCAACGAGGCCGUGCUGGUGGCCACCUUCCACCCCAUGGACCCCACUGUGCUUAUCACCUGCGGGAAGUCCCACAUCUACUUCUGGAGCCUGGAGGGGGGCAGUGUGAGCAAGCGACAGGGCCUCUUUGAGAAACACGAGAAACCGAAAUAUGUUCUGUGUGUGACCUUUUUGGAGGGUGGCGACGUGGUCACUGGAGACUCUGGGGGGAACCUCUAUGUGUGGGGCAAAGGUGGAAACCGCAUCUCACAGGCAGUGCUGGGUGCCCAUGAUGGUGGUGUGUUUGGGCUCUGCGCCCUGCGGGACGGGACGCUGGUAUCUGGAGGGGGCCACACGCUGUAUGUGGGGACCACCCGCAACUCCAUCCUGCAGGGCUCGGUCCAUACGGGCUUCUCACUGCUUGUCCAG